AUGUCUGGAGACUCUGCCGAGGUGGCGGAGGAUUACCGCAUGGCCUUGGAGGACCUAUCCUCUAACAUGCGCUUCGAGAUUAGCAACCUGACAGUCAUUGCUCGUGAGAAUACUGAACAUGCCCUAGCUAUCGCCGAAGUUUUGCAACAACACAUCCUCAAGGCGCCACCGAACAAGAAACUUCCAGCUCUGUAUGUACUCGACUCGAUCGUGAAAAAUGUCGGCACACCAUACACCCUCUACUUCGGCCGCAAUCUGUUCAAGACCUUUAUGGAAUCUUAUGCAGUAGUCGAUCAACCAGUUCGUCGAAAAAUGGAGGAGAUGCUUAGAACAUGGAAGGAGCCUGUCCCUGGGUCAAUGGACAGCAGGCCCGUCUUUUCGCACGAGUUGGUGCGUCCUAUUGAGAAUGCACUCUUGAAGGCACGCGCCGUAAGCAUGCCCCAAGCGGGAUUGAUGCCUGGGCGACCGCGAUCUGCCGUGCCUCAUCGUGAUACUCCGACACCGCCUGGGACGAGAUACCCUCCAGGCCAUCCAGCCCAGCAAUACACUUCAAAUGGAGGACAGUCAUUGAGCAAUGACAUUCGGAAUCUAAUUGUUGCCACGCAGGCGGAAGCCUCGCGCAAUCCCCAAAAUGUUGAUGUUCAGACUAGAUUAAGAGCACUUCAUGAGCUGCAGGGCGUUGUGAACAGCACUAGCUUGCCUCCGGAUCAGCUUGAGCUCAUUAAGAGACGAGUAACUGAACUUGCUGCCGUAAACAUGAUGGCGCCUCUGACUCAAAGGCCUGCACCUACUCCUCCUGUGCCCGUUCAAGCACGCCCUAUGCCUCCAGUGUCCGUAGCCCUUCCUCCGUCUGCAGCUCCGGCUCCGGCGCAAGAAGGUGUGACGCUUGAUGCGCUCUUUGGCCCGGGAGCCUUGGCCGCCUUGAUGGCAAGAAAGUCGGCUACACCUUCGAGCUCAACACCAACUCCUCAGCCUCCUCAGGUUCGUUCUGAACCGCCAAAGCCACCUAUGCCAAACAUGUCUGCAAUGCCGGCCAUGGCCCCUAUGCCAGCAAUGUCGAUACCUACGAUACCUGGUAUGACUCCAAUGCCUACGAUGUCCCAGACACCAACACCCGCACCAGCACCAGCACCAGCGCCCGCAGCAAAUGCAGCCCCUUGGAGUCUCCUUGAUCAACUACGAAAGUCAGGCUUACUCCCUCCUGCUCCUUCAGGAACGCCCACGCCAGUUCCAGUACAAGGGGGUAUCAAUGUGGCCGCUCUCAAACAACCAUGUCAGCCUUCUUUAAUCAGGGCGCUACAUAACGACCUGGGCCAGCCUUGCACCCAGUGUGGUAGACGGUUUCGAGACGAUCCAGUUGGAAAGAAGCAGAAGAUUGCUCAUAUGGACUGGCAUUUCCGUGUCCACCAGCGAACCAAUGAGGCCGAGAAGCGAGGCAUGCACCGGAGUUGGUACGUUGAUCAACGCGACUGGCUCAAGUCAAGAGAAGCCGUCGACGUUGACCACCUCCCCACGACUGAGGAUGUUGCCGCUCAGGCCUCAAAGGCAUCCGAGGCUGCUAAGCCAAAGUACAUUCUUGUUCCCGAUGCUUCUCGUCGUAUCAACACUGUUUGUCCAAUCUGCCAGGACAAGUUUGAGAACAAAUGGCUUGAUACGGCACAAGAAUGGGUAUGGCUAGACACAGUUUUAGUUGGCGACCGAGCAUAUCACGCAUCAUGUCAUGCAGAAGCAACACGGGACCGAGAAAACACACCAAUACUAGGCAAACGCAAGGCCGAAACAAGCCUAGCAUCACCUAAAGUGCGGUCACUGAAGACGUCAGCUUAA